AAAAAAAAGCUGGCAAACUUCUGUGAUCAACUUCCCAAAAACUUAUCACGCGUUCGUUACUCUCAUUCAAACCCCACCCCUCUCCGGCAGAUCUCCGUCAUCUUCUUUCCUUUAAAUCCAAUUCAACAAACAAACACACACUCUCUCUCUCUCACACACACACCCAUUUAUUUAGAUCUACACCACACACUCUCCAUUUCAUUUAACCUAAUUCCGUUACUCUAUAUAUCUAUAUCUAUUCAUUUUCAUUUUAAUCCAUUCAUGUUAUGUUUCAAUUCCAGCUAGAAAAGAUCAGAAAACGUAUUUAAUUUUCAAAAUUUAUUAUUAUCUGCACUUGAAUUACUAUUUUACCUUUUUUUUUUCCUGCAUAUCAUUUUUCUAAAAAAUAAAAUAAAUUAAUUAUCCUGUGGUAUGGCGGAUGCCUUAUCUGCCAUUCCGGCUGCUGUGUUGCGUAACUUAUCCGAUAAGUUAUAUGAGAAGCGAAAAAAUGCUGCUUAUGAGGUUGAAGGAAUUGUAAAGCAAUUGACAAUAGCUGGAGAUCAUGAUAAGAUUAGUGCUGUGAUUAGUUUAUUGACGCAUGAAUAUACGUAUUCACCUCAGGCGAAUCACCGCAAGGGAGGGUUGAUUGGCUUGGCUGCAGCUACUGUUGGGUUGAGUACUGAAGCUGCACAACAUCUCGAGCAAAUUCUACCACCAGUCAUAAAUUCUUUCUCUGAUCAAGAUAGCAGAGUUCGCUAUUAUGCUUGUGAAGCUUUGUACAACAUUGCAAAGGUAGUUCGAGGAGAGUUCAUUUUACAUUUUAACAAGAUAUUUGAUGCAUUGUGUAAGCUUUCAGCUGACUCGGAUCCUAAUGUACAAAGCGCUGCUCAUCUUCUAGAUAGACUUGUGAAGGACAUUGUGACAGAAAGUGAUCAAUUCAGCAUCGAGGAAUUCAUACCAUUGUUGCGAGAACGUAUGAAUGUUCUAAAUCCUUACGUUCGUCAGUUUUUGGUGGGAUGGAUCACCGUAUUGGACAGCGUUCCAGAUAUAGAUAUGCUGGGCUUUCUUCCUGAUUUUCUUGACGGUUUGUUUAAUAUGUUAAGUGAUUCUAGCCAUGAAAUCCGGCAGCAAGCUGAUUCGGCACUCUCAGAGUUUCUUCAAGAGAUUAAGAACUCCCCAUCUGUAGACUAUGGUCGCAUGGCUGAAAUACUUGUACAGAGAGCAGCUUCUCCUGAUGAAUUUACUCGUUGGACUGCAAUAACAUGGAUAAAUGAGUUUGUAAAACUUGGCGGGGACCAGCUUGUACCUUAUUAUGCCGAUAUAUUGGGAGCAAUUUUGCCUUGCAUUGCUGACAAAGAAGAGAGAAUACGAGUCGUUGCCCGAGAAACAAAUGAAGAGCUGCGUGCAAUCCAGGCUGAUCCUGCUGAAGGGUUUGAUGUUGGGGCAAUCCUAUCCAUUGCAAGGAGGCAAUUAUCUAGUGAGCACGAAGCAACUCGAAUUGAAUCAUUGCACUGGAUAUCAACCCUUUUGAAUAGACACCGUACAGAGGUUCUGUCUUUUCUGAAUGAUAUUUUUGACACACUUUUGAAGUCAUUAUCGGAUCCCUCUGAUCAGGUAGUGCUCCUGGUGCUGGAGGUGCAUGCAGCCAUAGCAAAAGACCAAUAUAACUUCCGCCAGCUUGUUGUUUUUUUAGUUCACAAAUUUCGCACAGAUCAUGCCCUUCUGGAAAGGCGUGGUGCAUUGAUUGUUCGCCGACUUUGUGUGCUUUUAGAUUCUGAAAGAGUGUACCGGGAGCUCUCUAAAAUUCUUGAGGGGGAAGCAGACCUUGAUUUUGCUUCUACUUUGGUUCAGGCUUUAAAUCUGAUUAUGCUUACUUCUUCCGAGUUGUCUGGCCUACGAGAUCUAUUAAAGCUAUCUCUAGUUAAUGCUGCUGGAAAAGACUUCUUCCUUUCGCUGUAUGCCUCAUGGAGCCAUUCAUCGAUGGCCAUAAUAAGUCUGUGCUUAUUAGCGCAGGCAUACCAACAUGCAAGUUCUGUCAUUCAAUCUCUGACCGAGGAGGAUAUUAAUAUCAGAUUCUUAGUUCAACUGGACAAAUUGAUACAUCUAUUAGAGACUCCCAUAUUUGCUUAUCUUAGGCUUCAGCUUCUUGAACCAGGAAGGCAUAUAUGGUUGUUAAAAGCUCUCUAUGGUCUUCUUAUGUUACUUCCUCAGCAAAGUUCGGCAUUUAAGAUCUUAAGGACUCGUUUGAAGACGGUACCUUCAUAUUCCUUCAACAAGGAGCAAAUCCAACGUACAUCUUCAGGGAACCCUUCUACGCAAACUGGUUACAUGUCAACGGGGCUACGGUUUUCACAAGAUGGUGACGUGAGUGAGGAUGAUUCUCAUGUGCAAAAUGGAAUAAACUUUGCAUCUUGGCUGCAACGAUUUGAACAGAUGCAACAGCAACAUCGGCUGCAUUAUAAAUCACAAGCACACACACGCAACAUAUCCAUAUCUUCUAAGGAGGUGAAAGAGAUCCAAAAAUCCGAAGAACCGAGGGGGCUUCCAUCUGCGGCAGAGUUGAACAGGCCUCCUUCACGAACAUCCCGAAAAGGUCCAGGACAACUGCACCUAUAAAUCAUUGUCUGCCUUAUUUCUUAGUCUCGUAUAAAGUGUAAAUUGUAUAUCGUAGUGGUUUCUCUCUUUUUCUUGAACUUAUGAAUGGGUGGUGGGUUCGGGAUUUUUUUUUUUUUGUUUCUUUAUCUUCCCCCUUUCCAGAACAAUGCUGGAAUGUUGGAGCUAUUUGUUACUCCAAACGUUUGCUCUUGUGGUUGUGUUAUUUUUAUUGAAAACCACAGGGCUAAAGGCAAGAGAGAUAGAUAUCUCGAAUUUAAAUUUGUGUUUUCUUCGGUGAUUAUUAAUUUGCUACUGAUCUUAUAAUAAUAAAAUAAGUAAUUCUACAUAUAA